CGACAUGGACGAUGGCGAAGCUGGUACGAAACCAGGACCAUCGCUCUUUCUCAAGGAAUUUGUAUCACCGGACUGCGUCUCAUCAUAUCUAUCGCCAUUGUGUUUCAACACUAGAUCUCGAAAAGGUUAUGGGCGAUAAACUGGCACUGGGUUCCAAAGCACAGCGACGGGCUGAAAAGACCCGAAGAGCAGCACGCAAGGAGCUUAUUGAUGAAGUAAACGGGGAGGAGGAAGACGACGACGAAGAGACCAGAGAGUGGGAGAUGCAACAGAUUCGCAAUGCCGGUAUUGUUGACAAGGCAGCGAAAAAUAAUAAGACUGUCUCUGUUCAGAAAGGCAUUACAUUCCCAACUGUCUCCCCGAUACCAAACAUUGCCAGUGUUAGAAGUCGAUUACAAAGUCGUCUCGACACUUUGAAGCAACAGAACAGCCAACACAGCAAGCAACUGGAGCAUAUUCGCCAUGAGAAGGCCGAGAUCAUGCUUCGGUCUGCAGAGGCGGAGGAGGGCAUGGCCAAAUUGAGUGCACGCUAUACCUUUUUCCAGGAGCUACGGUCAUAUUGCCGAAAUUUGGCUGCGUUUUUCGAGGAGAAAUUCCCAGAAUUGGAAACCAUCGAGCGCGACUAUACAUCCAUGCUCUCAGAACGUACAAAGGUGGUCGCGAAACGCAGACGACUCGACUUGAAGGACGACCUGGCAGAGUUUGCAAAUGUUGUUGAUGACGAGAGCACUGGGAAGGGAGACCGGAAUGGAGCACCGCCAGAGUUCGAUGAGUUCGGAAGGAGUAUAGUCGUGGACCCCUUUGCAGCGCGGCAAAGACGGAGGGCCGAGAGAGAGCGCCGGAAAGCGCAAAGGAAGCGAACUCAAACAGACGAUCAAGAUAACGCACGAGAGAAUCCAAAGGAGUCAGAGAGUCAUGAUGGACUGUCCACAGACGAUGAGUUAGGUGCCGGGGAUGACCGUGAACUUGGCAACGCCGUCAUGGAGCUAGAAGAACGCCGCGUGAACAUUUUCAAGGAGGUCGGAUCAGAAUUCAGAACGAUUGAGGCAGUGAAGCGACACUUUCAGGCGUGGAAAACAGACUAUCCCAAGGACUAUAACAAGGCAUACGGCGGACUCCUUCUGCCACUGGUCUUUGACUUCUUUGUGCGCCAGGAGACCUGUCUUUGGAACCCGCUUCGUGUCAGGCAAGAUCUUUCAGAGCAGUCUUGGCACCAAGCUGUGUCCUCCUAUACGAUUGUGCGUUCAUCUGCAUUACAUACCCAUAGCGAUUCGGAAAGCGAACGAGAUGAUGAGGAUGAGGAGGAUAUGGACAAGGAAUUGAUGGGCAAAGUCGUCGCCAAGAGUCUGUGCCCCAAAAUCACGCAGUUCCUUGCCGCAGGAGGGGUGGAUCUGUACUCGGCUAAACAGUCGCGUUGCUUAAAGGCAAUCUUGGACCAGUUGUUGGACUAUGUGGAGAAGAAGGAAAACAAGAUGGAGAAGCUGCUGAAGGCGACUCUCGAGGCUAUUCUCCAGACUGCUCAGUUGCAUCGGGAUCAGUUUGUUGAGGCAGCACAACCGCUCACGCCGCGGCACAUCUUGACGGCGCAGGGACAAGAAGCCAGGGAGAGAUAUUUGUGGAGGACCAUUGGGCUGUUCCGGAACUUGAUGUCGCUUCGGAGAUUUGUGCCUACAGGAUCGAUCGACACGCAGGUUGUCGACGGUCUGUUGCACGAUUGCAUUCUUCGGCUGCUGGAGGGCGACGACAAGGACACUGUCGCCAAGUAUCAAGUGAUUUUUCAAUCCUUGCCACACGAUAUUCGAUCGCAAGAACGACACCUAAUCAUCGAUAGAAUGGCGCAAACUGUUUAGUCAAGAGAUUCUGUGACAUUUCCUAUAAAGGCGACGUUGCCUCCUCCCUAUUAUCCUGUUGCAC